AUGGAACAAGAAAACACUCCGAUCUAUGUUUGGCUUGAUUCUAGUGCAAAUUCCAAUAAUGAAAGUUCAAAAACAGUAGAAAAACACUUGAAAACUAAACUAAGAAAUUUAAAAACAUUUAAUGUUAUUAAUGAUUGCAAAGAAUUUAUUGAAAUACAUGAUAAUGAAAAUAUUAUAUUAAUUUUAUCUGGCUCAUAUGGACGACAAAUUGUACCACAAAUAUAUAAUUUACCGCAUUUAUCUGCUGUCUAUGUCUAUUAUUCGCAUAAAGCACGAAAUCUAGAAUGGGCAAAAGAAUACACAAAGGUAUGUUAA